AUGCGGAUACAGCUGCUCAGAGUCAUCAGCGUGCGCUUUGUUGAUACCACUUGCAUUCCAGCUAGCUUUGAGUUUAACUCUAUAAAAGUUUCCUCUAACUCGUGCUUAUGCGUGUCUUUUCAUAUCAUACCUCCACAAAGAGCUAUUCGAGAACGUCCUUCUAGGAGGAAUGUAAACUCUCAAGGUCAAGAGGUUUCCAAUGUACCAAAAGUGCAACCCCCUCAGGGAGAAGUCACAAAUGAUGAGUUCGCGAAUGCCAUUCAGAUGUUAACUCCGGUUGUGAAAAAUCAGACUGGUCAACAAAAAGUAGAUCGUCAGGAUGUGGCUGAUAUAUCCAAAAUCCGUGAGUUUCUGAGGAUAGAUCCCCCAGAAUUCUUAAGGUCGGAGGUCACUGAGGAUCUGGAGAACUUUGUGGAAGAACUUCAGAAAGAGUUUGAAGUUAUGCAUGUUGCUGAUGCAGAGCGUGUGGAGUUAGCUUCAUAUAAGCUCAAAGGUGUUGCUAGAAUAUGGCAUGAUCAAUGGAAGAAGAGACGGGCAGAAGGGGCAACACCUUUGAGUUGGGAGUCUAUGAGUGUGCAAGAGUACAUCCUCAAGUUCACUCAGCUCUCCAUCUAUGCUCUGGAGAUGGUGGCUAAUAUGAGGAGCAGGAUGAGUUUGUUUGUGUCUGGGUUAUCUCGUUUGUCAAGUAAAGAAGACAGAGCUGCUCUGAGAGAAGCUACUUUGGGGACAGGCGGAGGAGCAAAUUGUCUACAUGCUAUAACUAGUCGCCAAUAUCAGGAGAACUCACCAAAUGUUGUCAUUGCCAUGAGGUUCGACAUUUCCCCAAAACAACUUCUUGAGCCUUUCAGUGUCUCCACACCUAUUGGUGAGUUUGUUGUAGCAGAGAGAGUCUAUCUUGAUUUUACCAUCUCUGUCAAUCACAAGGACACCAUUGCUGACUUAGUCGAGCUAUACAUGGUGGACUUUGAUGUUAUUCUAGGUAAAGCUAAUGUAGUUGUUGAUGCUUUGAGUAGGUUAUCCAUGGGAAGUACUGCUCAUGUUGAGGAAGGCAAGAAAGAAUUAGCUAAGGAGGUGCACAGACUUGCCCAUUUGGGAGUCCAUUUGUUAGAUUCCAGUGAAAGUGGAGUUGUGGUGAUGAAUGGGGUUGAAUCAUCACUAGUGUCGGAAGUGAAGGAGAAACAAGAUAAGGACCCUCUUUUACUUGAACUAAAGGCAAAUGUUUAUAAUCAUAAGGUGAUGUCUUUUGAACAAGGGGAUAUGGCUUAUUUAGAUAUCAAGAGGAUAUCCAAGAGAGUUGGAAACGUAGCUUAUGAGUUGGAGCUACCAUCAAAAUUAGCAGCAAUCUACCCGGUAUUUCACAUAUCUAUUCUAAAGAAGUGUUUGGGCAAUCCUUCACUUAUUGUGCCUACCGAGAAUAUUGGUAUCAAGGACGGUCUAUCUUAUGAGGAGAUGCCCAUUCAGAUUCUUGAUCGUCAGGUUCGCAAGUUGAGAACCAAAGAAGUUGCAUCAAUCAAAGUUUUAUGA